UGAGAAGAAAAUCAAACGGAGAAAGAAAUGUCGAAAUGCUUCAGCUUCACGGCGUCGAGGGACUGGUUCUACCGCUACUCGUUUGCAAACGCAGGGCUGCGCACGUCGAUCACCGACAUGGGCGAAGGCACGGUGGUGCACUGUUGGGUCCCGCGGUCGCAAAAGGACACGAAGCCCAACCUGGUGCUGGUCCACGGGUUUGGCGCAAAUGCGAUGUGGCAAUACGGGGACCACCUGCGCCAGUUCACGGCCAGGUUCAACGUGUACGUUCCGGACCUGCUCUUCUUCGGGCAGUCCCACACGCGGCGCGCCGAGAGGAGCGAAGGGUUCCAAGCGGAGUGCCUGAUGCGGAUGCUGCGGGCACAUGGCGUGGAGCGGGCGAGCCUUGUCGGGAUCAGCUACGGCGGGUUCGUGGGCUACAGCAUGGCGGCCCAGUUCCCCGGUGCGAUCGACCGGCUCGUGUUGUGCUGCGCUGGGGUGUGCUUGGAGGAGAAGGACAUGGAGGAUGGAUUGUUUAAGGUGCAGAAUUUGGACGAGGCGGCCAGCAUUCUGAUGCCACAGACGCCGGAGAAGUUGAAGGAAUUGAUGCGGUUUUCCUUUGUUAAGCCUGCCAAGGGGGUUCCCACAUACUUCCUCUCCGACUUCAUUGACGUAGUCAUGUGUACAGAUUAUGUAGAGGAAAAAACAGAGCUUAUUCGAGCCAUACUUAGAGAUCGACAUCUAUCUGACUUACCAAAGAUCUCACAUAAAACGCUCAUAAUAUGGGGAGACCAAGACCAAAUAUUUCCCGUCGAACUUGCUCACAGACUAAAAAGGCAUAUCGGAGAAAGUGCUGAAUUGGUAAUAAUUAAAAAUGCUGGGCAUGCAGUUAACUUGGAGAAGUCCAAAGAAUUUUGUAAGCAUUUAAAGUCAUUUCUCAUUGACCCCAUGAGAAAUCAGAUUGAGCGUGUAGAUUCCCACAUAGAACACUACUAAUCUUUCAAUCUGCUAGAGGAAACGAGUUAAAACAAAAAGAAUAGUAAGGAAAGAAGGAAGGAAGCAAGAUGUUUUAUUAGGGGAAGGAGGUGGUGUAAAUGGAUGAGAGGCACAAUUUGACUUAACAGACCGAAGAGUAUCCUCAGAAGAAAGAAACAUUGAGGUAUCAUGGUAAAGGAGUGAAAGAAGCACUAGGCCGAAAGCCUUUGGUAGAAGACCAGGUAAGGAAAUUCGAGUGAUAUGAAGGUUUUGUUUUCUAACAUUGUGUAUUUUUUCAAGACAUAAACCUUUUCACUUGCGCUCUAGUUAGGACACAUGACAUGUUAGUCACUAGAGGGAUAUGCAAUCUAAAUAUUGUAACUGAAUUCAUUGUAUCACGCUACAGAAAAAAUUGUAGGGGCCAUUUUUCAAACAUUGCUUAAAGAUGUUAAAACUAUUA